AGGGCGGGGCCUCCAGCCGGGGCGGAGUCUCCGCCGCACUUCCCUGCUGCUCUAAUUCGCGACGCUAAUAGCCUGAGCUGCUUGCGGACGUCUGUCCUCAGGUCGGACUGCCUCCGACCCCUGCAAGUCCCCCCUCCAAGUCCUGGCCUCGGCGAGCCGCACUGCGGCUUUGGACAGCGGCCCGCGAGAACGUCUGCAGAAUGAAAAUGUGGCUCCUGGGUUUGGUGUUCUGCUUGGCCUUUGGGACCCUGCAUUCCGAGACAUCCAGAGGGAAGUGGACCCCUCUGGAUCCCGAAACAAAUAUGAAUGUGAGUGAAAUUAUCUCUUACUGGGGAUUUCCUAGUGAGGAACACUUUGUCGAGACAGAAGAUGGAUAUAUUCUUUGCCUCCACCGAAUUCCUCAUGGGAGGAAGAACCAUUCUGACAAAGGUCCUAAGGCAGUGGUGUUCCUGCAGCAUGGCUUGCUGGCAGAUGCAAGUGACUGGGUCACAAACCUACCCAAUAGCAGCCUGGGCUUCAUUCUGGCAGAUGCUGGUUUCGACGUGUGGAUGGGGAACAGCAGGGGAAACACCUGGUCUCGGAAACACAAGACCCUCUCCGUAGACCAAGACGAGUUCUGGGCUUUCAGUUAUGAUGAGAUGGCAAAUUAUGACUUACCAGCCUCAAUUAACUUCAUUCUGAAUAAAACCGGCCAAGAUCAAGCGUAUUAUGUGGGCCAUUCUCAAGGCACUACGAUAGGUUUUAUCGCAUUUUCACGGAUCCCGGAGCUGGCCAGGAAGAUUAAAAUGUUUUUUGCCCUGGCUCCUGUGACUUCACUCGAGUUCGCUACCAGUCCUUUGACUAGACUAGGACAAUUUCCAUAUUUUCUCAUUAAGGACUUAUUUGGGGUCAAAGCAUUUCUUCCCCAGAAUGAGUUUAUGAAGUGGCUGAGUCUGCAUUUUUGCAGUCACGUCGUUCUGAAGGAGCUCUGUGGAAAUGCCUUUUUUGUUCUGUGUGGCUUCAAUGAGAGAAAUUUAAAUAUGACGAGAGUGGCUGUGUAUGUGGCACACAAUCCUGCUGGGACUUCUGUGCAGAACAUGAUUCACUGGAGCCAGACUUUCAAGUUGCAGAAGUUUCAAGCCUUUGACUGGGGCAGCAGUGCCAAGAAUUAUUUGCAUUACAACCAGAGUUACCCUCCCACUUACAAUGUGAAAGACAUGCAGGUGCCUACUGCUGUUUGGAGCGGUGGUCGGGACUGGCUGGCGGACACCAAGGACAUCAGUGUCUUACUGACCCAGAUCACCAACUUGGUGUAUCACGAGUGCCUUCCAGAAUGGGAGCAUCUCGACUUUAUCUGGGGCUUGGAUGCCCCUUGGCGGCUCUAUAACAAAAUGAUUAAUCUGAUGAGGAAGGGCAUUAAUGAAAGUCAGAUGGAGAAAUUUACCAUCAAGUCCAUGAUCAAACCAUGUUAAAAAUUUGUUGGCAUAAUUUUUCUAAAGUACUGAUUUUUCUUUUCCAGGCCAUUUAUAGUUUUAUAUCCAAGAAAAUUAUGAUGUUGAAGAUGCCCAAUUUUCUCCAGUUAGGGUUAGAAAUACACUUGCUUUUGUUUGUUUUAUUUAAUCAUGGCCAAACAUGCAGCUUGUGUCUCAACCAUAGUGUAGUUUCUCUAAGUCUCCUAAAAAUACCACUGACUUGUGAAAGGUCAUGAUCGUUCUGCUUAUUCAUACAAUUUACAGUAUACAAUACUGCUUUUUUUUUUUACCCCCAUGUAGGACACAUUGAUGUGUGUUGGGAUUUUUAAACUGUGUUGGUCAUCGGUAAAUAAUCUGACACUGUUCUCAUCUCAUGGCCUUAAAAGGCUCUUCAAAUGGCCCUGUAGUUAGGGAUCUAAACAACACUUUCUCAUGUUCUCCUGUAGUAGGUGCCAAGUCAAAUCCAGUGGCACCCCAGCUGUGUUAAUUAUGAAGAUCCUAUAAUGAAUUGUAUCAAAUCUAUCUGUGAUAGCCUCUAUUUAGCAAGUGUUCAAUUGUUCAGAUGAAGCAAAAUAAGUUGCUGGAGUUUUAAAAAACAAAUUCCACUCCUUAAAAAACAACAACUGUGUGUUAAAUACAUGGAGACCAAUACACACACGCAUCUAUAUUCAUGAACUCUUUAAUUGUGAGGCAGGUCAUAAACCCACUUGUUUGAGAAGAAAAGUCCCGCGGAGACGAUACCACUAUUUUUUCCUGCAAUUAAUGUUUUCUCCUAACAAGCUGCCGGAGCUCAGCAGUGAAGCCAAAGCCCCAAGGCUGCCCCGGAGGAGGGUCCUAAUCAAUGUUCACACUUGAGAAAUGUAACUGAAUGCUGUAAGGUUACAGCUCAGGGAAUCGCCCUGUUUUUCGGUUGUGUGUUCGUGCUUUUGCUACUCCUGAUGUGUGUCCCUCUGUCAGGAAACCCACGCUCACUGGCUUUCCUCACAGUGCUGUUUCCUUAGGCGCUGUCAGAUGGACAGAAUAACAGUUGAUAUGUUUUCCUGAUACAGUUACUCUAGCUGCAAUAAUAAACAAUGCUUGGUAUUGGCUAAUAUGUGAAGACAGCAUAAUGAUACUUUGUAACAUGAAAAAUCUUAUUAAACUUUUCAAUAAAACUCAGUGAGCCUCAUAGGCUU